UGACGGCGAAAACCAGCUGCUUCAAUUUCGUUAACACAGGAAUUGUGGGCUGAAAAUAAGUAAAAUAAGGCUGGAUUCUUCUUGUUAUGUUUAAAGAAACUAUAUUAAAACUUACGUGUACCUGCUUCGAAAACGGCUUGAUGCUUACACUUAGACUGAAUAACUGAAAAGAUGUCUUUUCAGACGGUUUUAGCCUUUAUAUUUACAGUUCUAGCCUCAGUUUCCAUUGUAGCUGUGAUAAUUUUGCUAGGCUGGUUCCUCAUCUGGAAGGCGUUUUUAUCGAAAUUCCGCCUUGUACGAGAAUUACUCGGCCAAGGCAACGGUGACGAAUUCCAGCCUCUAGAACAACAACCACAUAUAAGAGCGAAAAAAGUUCGUCGUGAAUAGAUAAUACUCGCAAGCAAUAAUACUUUUAAGCAAUUAAAAUCAUUAGUUAGAAAAUAGGAAAAAUAGUUAAUAGUUACUACUAAUCAACUGACUAUAGUAAAAAUUAAAAACUAAACAGCGGAUCUUGUAAUAUUGUAUCGCCGACAUGAAUAUCCGUUGUGCGAAGCCCGAUGACUUAAUGAGUAUGCAGCAUUGCAAUUUACUCUGUCUGCCUGAAAAUUAUCAAAUGAAAUACUAUUUUUAUCAUGGCCUAACAUGGCCACAACUUAGUUAUGUUGCCGAAGAUGAUAAAGGAAAUAUUGUUGGUUAUGUUCUUGCAAAAAUGGAGGAGCCAGAACCUGGUGAGGAAAGUAAACAUGGUCACAUUACCUCAUUGGCGGUGAAAAGGUCAUAUCGUCGUCUGGGAUUGGCGCAGAAGCUAAUGAAUCAAGCAUCCCAAGCGAUGGUAGAAUGCUUCGAUGCACAGUAUGUUUCUUUGCAUGUUCGUAAAAGUAAUCGUGCAGCUCUCAAUCUCUACACCGAUUCUUUAAAAUUCAAAAUAAUCGAAAUCGAACCGAAAUAUUAUGCAGACGGUGAAGAUGCUUAUGCCAUGCGGCGUGAUCUUAGCGAAUUUUCCAAAAAAGAAAAUUCCGAUGAGAACGCACAUGAAAAUAAGGCUAGUACUGCAGACGGCGCUGACAGGGAUAAGAUUAACUACAGGCAAGCAGUGUCGCAUGAUCACAGCGGCCAUGACGGUCAUUGCUGUUGAGGUGGAGAAAUAGUAUGGUGUUCUUAUGAAAAUUGGGUAUAAUUUUAUAAUUUGUAUAUGUAUUUGGAAAUUAUUUCGUAUCUUAAUAAAUUGUGAAUUAAUCCUUGAUGGAUUUUGUGCUACCAAAUAAGCUAA